AUGUGAUGCUGUCUGUGUGCACUAAGUACUCACCAGUGGUGCUUCCUCCUCUUCAAUGUGCUGCUCUUCCACGCACUGUUGUUCGGAGGUGACUUUGUGGAGGAGUAUCUCCUUCAACCUGUACCUAAGGUCUACAAUGACGGGCUGGUCAUUGACAUCAGGGAGAAGGCCAGGAAGUUAGACCUAAGUGCCGCCACGGAAAAGGAAUGGCGAGCGUACCCCGCCCCCAACCGUGAAGCCUGCACAUCAGCUGACCUCUUCCUCCUGGCUCUCAUCUUCAGCUCCCCUGCUAAUAUCUCCAGAAGGGAUGCAAUCAGGAAGACGUGGGUCAACCAAACGCAGGUGCAAGGCCUCCCAGUGCGGGUUAUUUUUUUCACUGGCUCAGCUCACACUUCUCAACUGCAAGAGGCUCUCGUGUUAGAAUCGAACCACAGCAGGGACGUGGUUCAAUGCCGCGCUGUGACUGACUCACCUUUUGGAGGGCCGGUUGAGAGGACGGUGUUAGCGUUCCGCUGGUUGAUCACCUUUUGUCCCAGGGCUCGCUUUGUUCUCCUGACACACGACCAUGUGUUUGUAAACCUCCCUGCCAUUGGAGGCUACCUGCUCGGGUUACACAGGCACCCAGAGGACCUGUAUCUGGGACAGGUGAUCCAGGGAAAGUACUCGGAUAGGAACCAGUCCAGCCCCGGUUACGUGCCUCCGAACUUCUACCUGCACAAACACCUGCCGGAAUACUGCGACGGCACCACCUAUGUCAUGUCCCAGGACGUGGUACGAAAAGUAUACGUAGCAUCCGCACAGGUCCGCGCACCCGUGUCGGCGGAUAUUUUCGUGGGCCUUUGUGCCCACAAGGCUGGUGUGGCGCCGACCCACAGCGCUCGAUUCCCGGGAGACAAACACAUCCGCUACAACGCUUGCUGCUACCGUUACCUGUUCAGCUCAGCCCAAAUGACGAGUCUUGAUCUGGAUAGGGUGUGGUCAGACCUGGGUCCGAAUGGCAGUGCUGGGACAUGCUCCUUGUUCCAGACCUACUAUGGCUUAGUGAUCUGCAAGGCCCUCACGUACCUGCAUACACUGUCCAUCCUCGCCACUUCAGAAUAA